AAAAAGAAGAAGAAUAUAACUUUAUUUCAAAAAGAUUAUCAAUUUAUUAUUAUUAGUUUCAUCACCUAAACUCCAAAUUCCAAACAAUCUGUUACCGAAUUAUUCACACAAAAUGCUACCCAUAUUAAAAACGAUACGAUUCCUGCUAUUUACAAUCAAAUUAACACUGGGAUCUCUAAUAUUCACUAUACUCGCUUUCGGCGUGAUUUUGCCGCUUUAUUAUCUCUACCUGAGGCGAAAAUACCGAUUGGACAAAUUGAAGAAUUUAUCCAGCAGGCUUAGAGUGGGCAUAUUCCACCCGUACUGUAACGCAGGCGGCGGUGGCGAAAAGGUCCUAUGGGUGGCCCUGCAAGCCUUACAAAACAAAUACCCCAAAGCGGAGUAUUACGUUUACACGGGCGACGUCGACGCGACGCCCUCCGAAAUACUAGACAAAGUCAGGAACAGGUUAAACGUCAAACUAGACAAAGACGUCAAGUUUAUCUACUUGCACAGGAGGAAAUGGGUGGAAGCCGAUCGAUAUCCCUACUUCACCCUACUAGCCCAAGCCCUGGGCUCCGUGUAUCUCGGCUUCGAAGCCUUGAAACAAUUAAACCCCGAUGUAUUUAUAGAAACCACGGGGUUCACGUUCGUCCUGCCGGUAUUCAAGUAUAUAGGUGGCUGUAAAACAGGCAGUUACAUACACUAUCCCAUCAUCACCAACGACAUGCUGAAGAGGGUAUCUAGCAGACAAAACAUGUACAACAAUCGAAGCGUGAUAGCCCGAAGUCCAAUUUUAACGAUGGGCAAAUUAAUCUACUAUCACAUAUUCGCUUGGGCCUAUUCGUUGACCGGCCAAUGCUCCGACGUCACCCUAGUCAACUCCACGUUCACCAUGGAACAUUUGAACGUCCUGUGGAACAAACCGCUGCAUUUGGUGUACCCCCCGUGCGAGAUAUCCCACUUGAAAAGCAUCGAAAAGGCGAAGGCCAAGCCGAAGGACGUGCGCAUCAUGUCGCUGGCGCAAUUCCGGCCGGAGAAAGACCACCCGUUGCAGCUCCAAUCGCUCUACGAGCUCCGCGAGAUCCUACCCGAAGAGGCUUUCAGCCAAGUGAAGCUGGUGUUGUGCGGCAGCUGCCGCAACGCCGACGACGCCCGGCGCGUGAAAGACCUCAAGGACUUCGGCAAACACCUCAGCCUCGAGGACCACGUGGAGUUCAAGGUGAACCUGUCCUACGAGGAGCUGCUGGACGAGUUCGGGAAGGCUUAUAUCGGGAUCCACACGAUGCUCGACGAGCAUUUCGGUAUUAGCGUGGUGGAGCAGAUGGCGGCCGGUUUGAUCACGGUGGCCCAUCGAUCGGGGGGGCCUCUGUUGGACAUCAUCGAGACCUCGGAGGGGUCGCGGUUGGGCUUCCUCGCGCAAACGCCUGAUGAAUUCGCGCAUAUAAUCAAGUUUAUAAUGCAAUUGGACGAUGCUGAGGUGUGCGAGAUCAGGGACAAGGCCAGGGCUUCGACGGAAAGGUUCGGCGUGGAGAAGUUCAACGAGGAAUUCAUCAGGGGGGUCGAACCGCUGUUUAAAUAGAACUAGGUUAAUAAAUAAUGUA